UUUUUAACAACUACGGUGGUGCCUGAUAUAUAUAUUAUUAUAACGGCCUCUACUGCAUGCUACUUGCCAUGGUCGUCGCUGAAUAAAGCUCGACUAGGCAACUGGACUUUUGCGGUGAGACAACCAGGCAAGGCGGGGGGGAUUGGCUGAAAAAAUUAUUAAAGAAAAAAACCGCCACAAAAAAGGAAAAAAAAUAUAGAAACUGGCGCCAAAUAAAAAUCUACAUAUGGCGGACUCAGAACAUCUCCCAGCGUCCUUGGACCUUUUAUACACCAGUCCAUCAUCUUCCUCAUUCUCCAGAUAUGACGCUCUCCGGCUGUCGGACGAAGAAUGCCAGGCCAUCCUCCGCCUCCCGCUAACUCAGCGGGUUUGCGGCCGAGCUGAGAAACCAGCCUCCGCAGAUGCUCAAGAGGAUAUCAAAACUGGCCGUCUAUCUUAUAUCGAUUUCCUCGUCAAAAAUGUUGACGCGAUAUUCAGCGUUGAUGAUGCUACCGAUGCGCCAUUUACGCGCUCGCAGCUCCUCCACAUUGGUGUUGCAGCCUUGUUUGCGUUUCUGCAGGCAAACGUCACUGGCCCUCCGUUGCCGUUUCGGUCAUCAGAUCUACUGAUUCCCAAAUUCUUGAUGGACACGAGCGAUGCGGGGUCCAAUGCGCCGCAAAUUUUGCAAUCAUUACGCGAGACGAUGGUGCGCAGCUUGACCGUUGACGGUGAGGCGGCGUAUAAGCUCACCCCCAAUGUCGAGCUGUUCUGUCUUGCCAAAGCGAUCCUGAAUCAUACGGCCCUCACCCCCGCUUCCACGGGUGAUACCGACAAGACGUUGACUGCUCCAUUGGUGGCCUGGACUUCUCGGAUGAGGGUUAAUUUCUUACACCAGAAGAUGCUAUCGGAAAAUACGACGACCCUGCAGUCUCUCGUUUAUGCCGACUUGGACUUGAUAGCGGAGAGGAUUUUCGCCGCUGAUUCUGCAUCGUCGCGCUCUGCGGAGGAACGCGCAAGGUUUCUCCUAGAGAGAGCAACGAUUCAUACCCACCAUGGAUUCGAUGCCAAGGCACGAGCAGAUCUUGAGCGUGCAGCGGGCGAAACGGGAUUCCAGUACGCGCUUACAGGAAGGUUGGGGAAGCGGACGAAGUUUCAGGACCGGGACAUUAGUCAACUGGUCGUUUUGGCGAAGAGCGCAGAUGGAGAGCAUGUGUCGUCGGCCCCUGAGGCUAAAGAAGACCAGCCAACGCCGGAGUCGAAGAUGGAGACAGCGGCAACACACAGCGCCGCACCCAAGAACUUGGAUCUCAAUGACGACACACUUUUGGAGGCAAUAUCAUUUAAGAAAGAUGAGCCUAUGGAAGAACAAGAGAAAUCAAUGACGGUGCAGGACCCCUCAUCCUUGCCACCAGCUCUUGCGGCUCUUGACCCCUCAGAUCAGCCAAAACUGAACGCGCUGGAUUCCAUCAUCCUUCUCUCCAUCGCAUCGGCCAUCACAAAUACCUCGCCACAACACGGCCUCACGAGAGAAGAAACGCUGCCAUAUGCGACACGGGUUCUCGACGGCGGAAGCUCGAACUGGCAAGUCUAUUCCCAGGCUCUGCUCGUUCGAAGUAAAAUCGAAGGGUACAGAUCGCGAACGGUAGAGCGAGGUUUGCUACAGCUGCAAGCACUGGUCGACCAGGUUAUCGCUGACACCGCAUCUGAUCCUAUUUCCGACACAGACAAAGCCGCUGAGCAGGCCACUACCUUCCUCCCUCGCCCAGAAGCAUCAGAGUCAGCGCCAGCAAGCGACCGGCUACAGUAUAUUUGGCUUUUAAAUUUCUCUACGAGAUGGGACCUCGAAGCCGAGCUUGCUUCGCGAUGGGUCAGCCUAGGCGGGCUCCGUAGUGCCCUUGACAUCUACGAACGAUUGCAAAUGUGGGCAGAAGCCGCCCUGUGCUAUGCCGCUACGGAAAGGGAAGAAAUGGCUAGACUCUUGGUGCGGAAACAGCUGUUCAACCGUACGAAUCCUGACUCUACAGAUGACAAUGACACCUUUGAAGGUGCCGAGCUUCCACAGCUCCCAGCAGAUGCUCCACGCCUGUUUUGUAUUUUGGGUGAUAUUGACAGUGACCCUGCAAUGUACGAACGUGCUUGGACAGUUUCAAAUCAGCGAUAUGCCCGUGCCCAACGCUCCCUUGCGCGCCAUUACCUCGCCGCCAAACCACCUUCAUUCGAGAAAGCAGAGGAAGCAUAUCGCAAGAGUUUAGCUAUCAAUCGGCUCAACCACGGCGCCUGGUUUGCAGUUGGCUGUGUGCAACUGGAACUGGAGAAAUAUGAAGAUGCGGUGGAGUCUUUCACGCGAAGCGUCCAGCUGGAGGAAACAGAUGCUGAGGCUUGGAGCAAUCUCGCUGCAGCAUUGAUCAAUCUUCCACCGCCGACCACCGUUGAAAGCUCCGAACAAAAUACCACCGUAGUAGCUGCAGCCGCAGACGAAGAUGAAUCAAUGCCUACCCAACAAAAGCCGGACCCCCACAAACACAAUCGAGAUGCCCUGGCCGCUCUCAAACGUGCAGCCAGAUACAAACACACAGACCACCGCAUCUGGGACAACCUCCUAACCGUCAGCGCCUCAAUCCCACCCCCCGACACCCCCUUCCGCGACAUCGUCUACGCACAGAAACGCCUCAUCGAGCUCCGCGGCCCCAAAGAGGGCGAACAGGCAAUCGACAUCAACAUCCUCACCGCCCUCAUCAACACCCUUACAGCAGAGAACGCGUUUGACAGCGAUAGCGUUGAUGAGGCAAAGUCAACCGCAGCAGCCCCUGUCUUCCGCCGCGGCUCCCUCCCAGCAAUAAUCCUCGCCCUCCUCGACGAAGACGUCAUCCCGCUCAUCACGCACUCGGCACCGCUCUGGCUCCUCGUCGGGAAGGUAGAGGCAUGGCGAAAGCGGCCAUCCCGCGCGCUCGCGGCGCAUGAGAAGGCGUGGCGUGCCACGGUCGCGUCGUGCACGCAGGGCGCGUUCCAGAUGGGCGACGAAGGGAAGUGGAUGGAGGUUGUAGAGGCGACGGAGAGGGUGGUUCGUGAGGGAUAUGCGGCUUUUGGGCCGAUGGAUAAGGAGCGGGAGGGAGAUGUGAUUCCGGAGGAGGGUGCGGGGGGAGGCGGGGCGGAACUUGUUGCGAAGGAUUGGAGGUUUAAAUCGCGUAGUGCGGUGAGGAGUGUGCAGGGGAAGGGGAAGGAGUUGUGGGAGGGAACUGAGGGUUGGCGGCGAUUGAAGGAGUUGAGUGGUGAGGUUAGCGGGGGUAAUUAAGUUAGAUGAUUGCGAUAGGAAUGUAUCCUCUGCUGAAUGAUUUGUGUCAAUCGUUAGUACGGUAAACAUAUAGACAAUAGACAGAGUUGGAGCUUUUACUGAUAUUGCAAUUUGACGUUGUUUAAAAAGUGACUGUUAUUAUCAGCUAUUUAGUUGGUAAUUUAAUGUUUAAAAAUUAUAAUUAUUCUAAAAACGUCCAGGUAGAAAGGUACGAUGAAAAUAUUGUAGAAUAUUUUUUUUUU